GCUGUUACUAUUUUUUGUUUUUCUUUUGACAAGUUAGUUUGAUACAAAGAUCAGAAUGUAUAAUGUAUAAGCACUUGAAUAAUAUCUAAAAAUCAUGGAGAAACUACGCAACAAUAACACUGCCAACGCACAGCCGGCAGAGCAACAACAACAUCAUCAUCACCACCACCAUCAUCACCGUCACCAUCAUCAUCAACACCAACAACAACAGCUACAGCUCGACCAAUACCCAAAGAAUCCAAUUGAACAAUAUCUUCGCGCCUCAACAAAAAUAAAGAAAAUCGAACGUGUAGUAUUCUUCAAGCGCUUUGCACCAAACGUGGCCGAUGUCCAGGCAGACUUCCAGCGUUUGGCCUACAACUUCGAGGAGUCGGGUAUCAUGCAAUAUGCGGCCAUGUGUCACAUUGGCUAUGCCAAAUGUGAGUCAUACGGCGGAUCACCUCAGCGCGAGGCUGAGGCAUAUGUACGUGCCGCACGUGCCUUUCUCUUAGCACACAACGAAUUCCAGCAGCUGCACCUGCGCAGCGGUCAGAAUGGUUUCCGCGAGGGCGCUCUCCAUUGCUACAAUAAGGCAGCCGAGCAUGUGGCCGACAGUGGAGUCUUCAAAGCAGGAGUGCUGCGCGAGCUAAAGCAUCUCAAACGCAAAUUGGAACGCACAAGCAGCUUUGCCUCGCCUACUCAUCAGAUCAACGAUCUGGAGAUUAGCGCCGAGAUGAGUAUGCAGCGUGAGGACUACCGCGGCGCUUUGCUUCACUUGGAUGACAUUGUGGACAACAUCUAUGAGCGGCGCAAGGCCUCGAUGUACGGCGAACUGUUGCGACGCGUCGAAGUGCUGCGUCUUCUAUUGCUAGUCCAUCUCAACUUGCCGCCAGCACGCCAAUCCCCCGCACACAUCAAACUGAUUGAAUACUACUACACACUCGCCCAGUAUGAGACUCCAUCGCAGCUGAUUCACGCCGCCAAUCAGCCGACUGAGCGUGCCGGCGCCUCGGUGCCAAUACAGCAACAGUAUGGCCUGGCGGAGAUCGUUUGCGCCUGGGUCGAGCGAAACAUGUGUGAUCUCAAGCAUCUGCUGCGUGACUUUGGCGCCGACAACAUUUCGAUCAGUCAACAGGAGCGCCAGCUCCUUAAGACUAUUUAUUCUGAGCUAUCAAAGAUCUACUAGACCUACCUACCUUUUUCCUACAUUCCUUCGUUCAUCCGUUCAUUAUCCUUUCUCUUCCUGCCAGCACACGGACAAAAGCAACGACAGCUGGUGCAUUUAUCUCUUCCGUAUUAUCAGCUGUUCGAUCUUAUGUGCACAUCACAUUUUACAUUCUUAACUUUGACAGUUCCUCUUAGCCGUUCCAGAACCGCACUAGUUCGAUUUGUUAAGGAUCAGCGAGAGCAGCGAGAUGUACUAAACAAUAGACUUUCAGUUGCGAAUUGUUAAAGAUCGUUUGUGUUUGAGCAGCCUCCCCUCAAAUCUCACCUCACCUCACUUCAUCUUUUAUUACCUAUACACCUAGCUAUCAAUAAACUCCAACGUUCAACGCCUGGAGCGAAAGACGACACACACACACACACACAAACAAAUUUGUAACAUACGAAACGAACAGAAAAAUGCAAGUGCAAAUUUAUAAUAUAU